AUGGAGGGGCUCAGCGUGGGCAGCGUCCUGCUGACCGCCUGCGACGGGGGGCUGGGCCUGGGGCUGCUCAAGGGGCUGCUGGAGCUGCCCAGCCCACCCCGGCACAUCUUCGCUGCUUGCCUGGACCCCCAGAGCAAGGCUGUUAACGAGGUGGCUUUGGGCUUUCCCAACGUCAGGAUCUUGCCUCUGGAUGUGACAGACCCCAACAGCAUCAAGGCAGCGGUGAGGAAGGUGCAGGCAGAGGUGGGCAGUGCUGGCCUCAACCUCCUGAUCAACAGCAGCGGCACCACGCGCCGCAGCACCGUGGCCACCGAGACGGCCGAGAACAUGAGCCUGGUCUACACCACCAACACCAUCGGGCCCCUGCAGACCUGCCAGGCUUUCCUGCCCCUGCUGAAGGAGGCGGCUGAGGCCGAAGGGCAGCGGGAGAUGAGCUGCAGCAGAGCUGCCAUCAUCAACAUCUCCAGCAUCCUGGGCUCCAUCGAGGUUGCAGAGGCCUGGAAGGAGAGGCAGGACAUCUGCUACCGUUGCAGCAAGGCUGCUCUGAACAUGCUCACCAAGUGCCUGGCCCUGGAGUACGGGAGCAGCGGGAUCCUCUGCGUGUCUGUGGAUCCUGGACAUGUGACCCCUCCCUUGGAACAGGGGAUGGGCCCGGUGACGCUGGAGGAGAGCGUGAGGGGCGUCCUGCAGCUGCUGGCCCAGCUCUCAGCCACCAACAAUGGCACCUUCUGGGACUGGAGAGGGCAGAGGCUGCCCUGGUGAGAGCAGCAUCUGCACACUCAGCUUAAAUAAUUAAUUAAAGUGAAUUAAUU